GACUCUCAGUUGAGCGAGAGUCGUGUCCGAGCGAUGAGCUGCGGCAGUUGUAGCCCACGGUACACAUUACUGCUCGAUGAUCGCUACGGCUUCUCUAUACUGCUUUUUCUCUAAAAACCAUCUCGUCGUGUGCCAGUGCGUCGUCCAUGCUCCGCGAGUACACACGGAGGUGUCGUUUAGCAAUUCCGCGUGAUUUCCCGAAGGAGGGCCAUGAAACUGCCGGCGCGCCGUGACCUCGACGAGUCUGCAAAGUGUUCAUGACCAAAGAGGAAAACAACAGCAGCAGCGGCGGAGUGAGCUGACUCUCCGGCGCAAAAAUAGCCCGGAGCUAAAGGGUCCAUAGAGUCCACGCGUGCAAGAGAGAGAAAGAACGAGAGAGUUCGCUGCCUGCGCACAGCAGUGAUGAUCGUGUUGUAAAGUGUGGUUUUAGCCCAAAGUGUUAAAAGCCUCUUAGCAUGCCGCACGUCGGAUGACAGUGCAGUUCGCUCAUCGUCGCGGAGACUACUAAAGAGAGCCUAAAAUUGAGCAAGAGAGAAGAGAGAGAAUUGAACCCCUGGCCUUGGCUCUCUGGUGAUGCGGCGUGAUGGGGCGUAGCUCGAGGUCCUUACUCAUAAGUACAUUCCUGGCGGGCACGCUGCUCACGAUCGCGCUGCUGCUCGAGACAUCUGGAGCCACGCGCUUGAAGCAACGUGGUUCUACGGAGUCACCGAGAGCAACAGCCGGAGUUAACGAAGCCGGGGUUUACACGCUGCGCGGUAAGCAGGAUGGCGGCAGUAGACGAGGCAAAAGGACAACGACGACGACGACGACGACAACCCCGACGACAGAGCUGCCGUUCAGUAGCAGCCCCGUCAUCAGCAGAAGCAACAGCAGCAUCGGUCUGCAACCGACUCUCCUCUCGAGGCACGAAAACGAUGACGCGGUCGUCGAACCGGCAGCUCUGCUCGGCGUCGAGCCUCAGGACGCAGCUUGGAGAUCCGAUUCCUCGAACACGUCCGGUGACACUAUUUCCCUGUCCAUGUCCGCCAUCGAUCCGCCCAUCGAGCUCGUCGUCAAGCCACUCAGCAAGGUCGUUCUGCCUUGCGAGCUCGAGGGCAAUUCCACGAAGCUGCUCAUGCCUGCUGUCAGUUACAGAAUACGACCAGCAAGCUGGCUGCACGAGGGCGUUCCUGUGGACAUGAUAACCAUCGACACGAGGACGGAGAUGAGCGGCACGGGUCACCGAUACAUCGGCGACUCCUCGACCGCAGCGCUGCACAUAGACAACGUUCGCUUGGAGGACGACGGCACCUGGAAGUGCCAGCUCGAGGACGACCGUGGAAAGCUUCUCGUCGGCAGGCCCGUCAAGCUCGUUGUCCUCGAGGCCCCGCGGGGAACGUACCUGCUGAUAGACGGCCGCCGACUGGAUCCGGGCAACCAGUUCGUCCCGGUGAAGGAGGGCUCGGAACUGACGCUGGAAUGUGCGGCCGAGGGUGGCAACCCAGCGCCGAUCCUCGCCUGGGGCAUGACUCUGUCCCAGGCGACGCUUGACGGGCCGGAACAACCGCCGGAUAAUCUUACCAUCGUACCGGCCACGUCGCCAGUUCGUAGCGGAGCUCACCUCAAGGUACUCAGGGGACAUCACAACGCCACCAUCAUCUGCGUCGCGAGGCACGUCACACUUGCCAUGCCCAUGAACGCCAGUAUACUGCUCGACGUUCAAUAUACGCCGUCGUUCGCGAUAACGCGCCUGCCAGGCUUCGGAAUACCGAUAGUCGAGGGGAUGUCCGUCAGUCUGAAGUGCGAGGUGGACAGCAACCCGUCGAGCGCCCCGAUAUGGCAACGAGACAAUGGGCUGCCCCCGGUCGAGCAGAGCGAUGACGGAUGGCUGAACUUUACGAAGAUCAGCCGUGCCGAAAGCGGCUGGUACAAGUGCUACACACGACACAUGCUCGGCAUUUUCACGAGCAUCGGCUACUUCCUCAACGUUCGCUACGACCCGGAAAUCGAGACGGAGGCGAAAGCUCUGAACGGCGAAGCAACGGACUCUCGGAAGAUGGAAGUGCAGAUUGGCGGCGCCGUGACCUUGGAGUGCGACGGCGGCUGCUGGGGUCACGGGCCCGGAAUGGACCCAAUCGGCGGCCCGGGACCUCUGGCCCUCAGUAGGGUCGUCUACCAGGAAGCCGGCGAGUACCGCUGCGUCGCCCCCGAUCGAAAGAUGCAGGACACAUGGAGAGCUCAGCUGCCUUACCACAUCAAAGUCGUCGGACGGCCGAUGCUCCAUCCGCUGACGCAAAGCAUGACGACGAACGAAGGCGAAACACUGGAUGUCACGGUGGAGUUCUGCGCCGAGCCGAAUUACACGAAGGUCGUGUGGAUGUCCGAAGAGAGAGUUUACCUGCCGGGCGGCGAACUUCGAGAUGGCGUCCGAGCCCUUCCCAUAGAGGACGGCGGCACAAAGGCCUGCUACCGUAGCGUGCUCCGCUUCGAGCGAGUGCAACGAUCUCACGCCGGCGAAUGGAUGCUGCUGGUGCGCUCGCCCGAGGGCCUGGCCGACGCCUCGGUCUCCCUCAACGUCACUCUUGCCGCUGGCUACAGCCACGCCCACGUGGCGUCGCCGAGUCUCCUGAGGAUCCUGUCGGUCCUGCUACUGCUGCUGAUCAAGACAAGGCCUUGAAGCCCGAGGAGAGCGGCGUCGGAUCUUCUACUUCUCUCGCCUCGCGGGGCUGAUGAUAAAUCCGGAGACUUUUUACAGUCGGCGAUACUGCGGACUGCAUUAUCGCUCGCGCGUCGAAACGGCUUUAUUGUGCUCUCGUGAAUGUAUACCACCCACGCUCUGAUUACCGCGAACGGCCGCCCGGCGCGGAUUUAUUCCGAAUAAUCAACAAGGCGCGCCGCGUUAUGCUUUAGAGUGUGCGGCUACGCACUGGAACGACGUCGAAUUGGUAAUUUAAUUUCCGAUCGCGCGAGUUUCAGUCUAAAUUUUCGAGCGCGUCGGCUCUUCAAUUUCUAUUUCGAUAAAUAGUCGACGAGCGACGAAUUGAUACGCGAUUAUAUUCCGCGGGAAAAUUAAUUUACCCCCAAAAAUUGCGCGCGUGUGUGUGUAUACAAUCUGGCGAGAUAUUAUUUUUCUUCGUGGAAUCACUUACCCGAAGCGAAAAUUCAUUAAGCAUCGCGAGGAUUAUCCGCGCGCUCGUAAAAAGCUCAAGCUCUCGGUCUUAUACGGCUGAGCCGCGAGGAAAAGAAUGGACAGGGGAAAAAAGAGGAACGAGAUUUUUUUUAUACAUCAUAAGAGAGAGAAAGAAAAAGAAAAGCCAGAAAAGGAGCAGAAGAAGGAGCGAAAUCACGGGAAGACUUCGAAUCUCCCUAUUAAGCUCCCGCCCAUAUCGGGAUAUCACGUACGCGCGGCGAGCGGAAAGCUCUUCGCUUCGCUUCGAAGGCGAGAUUAAAUUUUCUGAAGCGCGAACGCGAGCGAAUGCGCCAUACCGAGAACGAAUUUCAACGAGAGAGACAGGUCGACGGAUACGACACGCGUCCGCGAAGCUAUAUAUAUAUAUAUAUAUAUAUAUAUAUAUAUAUAUAUAUAUAUACACACAUAUUAUACAUAGAUACAUAUAUUCGCGAGCGAUAAAGCAGGUCACACAGGACGCGAUGAUAUAAUUAAGAAAAGGCGCAGCACCGCUCGUCGGGACGACGGAGCUUUCGCGCGGCCUGAAUUUUAACGAAGUAUUAAAAUGGGUAUGUAUAGGGGGAGAGAAAUAAAACAAUUGUAAAACGCCACGAUUCUCGCGGGGAAAAAUCGAUCAAUGCGUGUACAUGUUUUUCGUUUGGUCGAGUUGUGCGAUGCUUGUUUGAAAAUCGUGUAUUACGAAGCUUUCGAACGGAUACGUAUUGUUUGAUGAAAAUCGCGCAACGCUAUUCCUUCCCCCGAGAACGUGCAAAUUUAACGAUAUAAGAGAUUACACUUAACGAACGGAAAAUACUCGAAAAUACUCACGCACAGACGGACGUGUGCCAGAAGAGAGGUGGAUUUAAAUCGUACAAUGUAAAUAAUUGUAUAGGACGAAGUGAGCGAGUGAAUUUGUACGUAGAAAGAGAGAGAGAGAGAGAGAGAGAGAGAGAGAGAGAGAGAGAGAGAGAGGCCAAAGCAGAAUUUUUAUCUCGACGACGUCGCGUGUAUCGUUAGCGAUUAUUUUGAUUGUCGAUUUUCGUUGUACACCGCAGCGAAGCGAAGAUUAUACCUACUCGUGUGAUUGCGCGUAUGUGUAACGGAAAGCUAUGAGACUCGAAGAGUUGAGGAGCGGAUUAUCCGAAGAUUUGUUGUAUAUGAUUCUAUAUCUCGUAUCGCGAGUAUAUUAUAUCGAGUAAGUAGAAUUUGUAACGUGUACAUAGUCACUGUAUAUCGGCGGCAUCGUCGGCCGCGCGCGACGUAUUAUUAUACAUAUAAAUACAUAUAAAUAUGAGUAUAUUAUAUAUAUUAUAAAUAUUAUACAUACGGUAACACUGUUAGAGAUAAACAUUUACCAUUUGUUGAUAUAUUUUUAUAAAGUUUUAUUUGCCGUCGCAAUUCACACUCGUCGUGUGCCCACACGGGCGGCUGUUUUCUGCGUCGGUGACUUUCCUUUCAACGUAUAUAUAUAUAUAUAUGUGUAUAUAUAUAUAUAUAUAUAUAUAUAUAUAUAUAUAUAUAUGUGAUAAAAAACGCAUGGCACACUAUGCAAUUGUGUAUAGGCGAUUUCGAGCGAAGGUCAAGGUAAAGUAUAUAGACGGACGUAUACGCGUCACACGAUCGCUUUUGCCCGGAAAUUUCAAUAGCUCUCUCUCGUACGGUAUAUGGACAACAUUGUGUGUCCGGUAUAUGCGUCCGACGUCGCGCGCGUGUGUUCUCUAGAUCAUUUAAUUAUAACUUCAUCCGCGAGCAAAAGCCCCAAGUUCUCUUUGGGGCGACGCAGCGGAAAUUGUUACUCUCUCUGAUACGAUGGCUAUAGGUUAUAUACACUUGAGAAAAUUGUACACCACAGCAGCGCGCAUUAACUUUUGUACAGAGAACUGCAGCUCACGCGUUAUUAUAUACAUAUGCCAUAUUAUAAUCGCGUUGUAUGCAAAGCGACGUAGAAAAUUAUCAUUACAUUGAAUGAGAUGUAUUAUUGUGUACGCACAGAACGAGUAGAGAGGGAGAGCGAGCGGGCGUUCAUUUCGCGGAAAUGAAUAUCGAAAAACACUGCCGAUGAGAGAGAGAGAGAGAGAGAGAGAGAGAGAGAGAGAGAGAAAUAUAUAAAGUAAGUCGCAUUAUCGGAUUCCAGACGCUUGAUAAUUUAGCUGCCCGUACACUCGGCGGGGGCUGCAAUAUUCGCGCGCUUUUAUUAUUUUCAAGCUGCGGAUGAAUUAACGUUUGCAUUGAAAUUGAAAUUUAUUGGAAAAUAAUUUAUUUCAACCGCGAGCGCGCAAGCGGCCUCCUUUUAAAUGCAAAUGGACCUGUCCCGCGCACUCUCUCUCUCUCUCUCUCUCUCUUUCUCUCCAAUAUUCAAAACAACAGCGCGCGAAAAUCGGAUUAUCAGUGAAUUCCGCGGUAAAUUUUCGCCCGCGUACUCUCUCCCUCGCUCGCACUCUAUAACGCAAUUCGAUUCGUGUUCUGGCCAAGCGCGCAAAGAGCACGGACAAUUUGACUUUCGCGUAGAGAUAUGCGUGUACGGAGGUAUUAUCUAUGCAUAAGAGGAUUAAGAGAGAUAGGGGGAGAACGUAGAGAAGAGAGGGCUUCUGUAUAUGCAUGUUUGUGACUUAUAGAAGACUUGCGGAAUAAAGUGAAGUGUGUAUUGGUAACACGUUGCGAGACGUCGUCGCGAGAUGUACUAGAAAACCCCCCACGAUUCAUUCUCUGCCCGAGAUGACCUUGAUUCUCUUUGGAUUUCGCUGCGGUCAUCUCGGGCAGAAACGAUUCGAGACGGACACGGACACUCCUGAACUUGCUGAUUACACUAUCCUCUACUACUUUGUCAUUAAGAUAAUUCUUCUUCAUAUAAAUAUAUAGUGUAAAGGUUGUAACGAGAGAGAGAGAGAGAGAGAGAGAGAGAGAGAGAGAGAGAGAGAGAGAGAGAGAGAGAGAGAGACAGGGUGUGUCGUGUUCGCGAGUGUUUGAGUCCAAAAACAAUGUAUAACCGUCCCUUAUCCUUUCAAUACGCGCGCAUGCACGUCAAAGGUCUAAGAUUGUUAUUGUUUUUUCUUUUUUAUCGUAAUUGUAUAGUUACCUAGGCGAACGAUAUUAUUUACGUAUUAAGUAAACGUCGGCAGAAAUUACGUAGUAUGAGAAAAAGCGAAGAAAAAAAUAUCGACCUAUCGAGUGAUUAAAGAAACGAUUAUUAAAGAAUAAUAAUACCAUGAAAACGAUCUAUCUUUGGUUUUUUAUUCGAACGAAUUGUCUUCGAGGUAAGUACAUGUUAUUUCCUUAUGCUCCUGUACUUUUUAUAAAUGUUUCCGAUAACGAGUAGUUUUGAACGUAGAGCCUAAAAACCGAUAUCCAUAGUUACUUUGUCUUCGUGUUUCAUGGUCAGUUGAUUCGAAGUCAAUGUGUACAUAUAAGAAGCGAGUCGAGAAAUAACGUAUAAUUUAUUCUGUAAAACAAUAAUCACAAAUACACGUCACCCGCGAUUCUGAGUUACGAUGAUAAGAAUCCAUUAUAAGCGAUGACUGCGAAACAAUUAUAUUGCCAAAGUAUUUAUAAAGACUAUAGAGAUAUAGAUGUCCAGAAUGAAGUUACUUAUUGAAAAUAAAAUCCGUUAAAGAAUCCAAAA